CGGAUCGGAAGUUACGAAUUGAAAGUAAACAUCUGUGUUGGAAAUUGCAUUUGGAGGUCAUACACCAGUGCACAAAGAUGCGAGGAAACUGCUAGAGAAAAGCAGCAAUGGGGACCUUGUAGCCAUACGCUUUAAAUAUGUUGAUUUAAAAAAGGGAUUCUUGCAAACCAGAAGUCGAUCAACUGGAGCGGGAUGAGGAAAGAAAGAACAGCUCGUCCCUGAUACCCGGACUGUUACGGGGUCUGUGAAGGAGACGGAAAAUGAAGUUCGCUCGGUUAUUAAUGAAAAGCGUCCCCGUAGCUCUUAUACCGAAACAAGUGGAGAGGUUUUCCAAGUUUUCCCCUUCUCCUUUGUCCAUGAAGCAGUUCAUUGACUUUGGCUCAGCCAAUGCAUGUGAGAAGACCUCCUUUGUGUUCCUGCGCCAGGAGCUUCCUGUCCGACUGGCCAACAUCAUGAAGGAGAUUGAUUUACUCCCAGAUAAGCUCCUCAGCACUCCAUCUCUAAAGCUCCUCACUAGCUGGUAUUCACAGAGUUUGUUGGAGCUUGUAGACUUUUUAGAAAGAGAUCCAGAUGAUAAAGCUGUCCUUACAAACUUUACUCAGACUUUGGUAAACAUUCGUAACCGACACAACAACGUCGUGCCUACCAUGGCCCAGGGUGUGGUGGAGUACAAGGAGGCCUUUGGCGUGGACCCUGUCACCAACCAGAACGUUCAGUACUUCCUGGACCGCUUCUACAUGAGCCGCAUCUCCACACGCAUGCUCAUGAACCAGCACACAUUAAUUUUUAAUGGAAGUGUGAACCCAGCCCAUCCCAAACAUAUUGGCAGCAUUGACCCCAGCUGUGACGUUGUGGAGGUAGUAAAAGAUGCCUAUGAGACUUCAAAGGUGCUUUGUGAGCAGUAUUACCUGACCUCUCCUGAUAUGGAGAUCACAGAAUUCAAUUCCAAAAACCCUGGCCAGCCCCUACAUAUUGUCUAUGUGCCAUCCCACCUUUACCAUAUGCUGUUUGAGCUCUUCAAGAACGCCAUGAGAGCUACAGUGGAGACCCAUGAAAUGAGUGCAACGGUGCCCCCGAUCAAAGUGCGAGUUUCGCUGGGCACUGAGGACCUCACUAUUAAGAUGUCUGACAGAGGAGGUGGAGUGCCUCUGAGGAAGAUUGAACGUCUCUUCAGCUACAUGUACUCCACAGCCCCCAGUCCAGUCCACGCAGACAACUCUCGUAAUGCCCCACUGGCUGGUUUUGGUUAUGGCCUGCCCAUUUCCCGCUUGUAUGCCAAGUAUUUCCAGGGAGACCUGCAGCUCUACUCUAUGGAGGGCUAUGGCACCUCAGCUGUCAUAUACUUGAAGGCAUUGUCCUCAGAGUCAGUGGAGAGACUUCCUGUUUUCAACAAGUCGGCCUUAAGGCAUUACCAGACCAGCACAGAGGCUGAUGACUGGUGUAUGCCCAGCAAGGACCCAAAGAAACUGGGCAAUGGAGGCAGCAUACCGGAUGGUGAUGGAACAGGUGAGGACAGACUCAGUGAUGGCAGUGUUAUGGCUGAUCGGUGUACGUAUUCGUGCCAUGAAAAAUCCAGCCAAAGUCCAUUCAGAAUGGGAACGUGUUCAGUGACUCCAGCAGAAACAUGAAGGGAACAAAGCCUGUUCCUCCCAUCUGCUCUCAUACCAGUGGAACAUUUCAGAAACACUACUGUACAAGUUUUAAUUUUAUGUGCUGUAAAAUGAUAAGGCUUCAAAUGAUCUUCGCUUCACAGUAGAGUCUUUUGUGCCAUUUUAAGUCUUUUAGCUUAUCCGGUUGCCAUGUGAACAAAGUUAGAUCCUUUCAACAAAGCAUUAUGAAUGUCAGUAAACUACCUACCUUGCACCUGAUCAUAGAACCCGUGGAAGCUGAGGUUAGUUUUAAAGCUGAGUUAUUGAAUAUUGAGAAAAUAUAUAGAGCCAUGUAUGAUGGAAGAGGAACUGUUAAAGUACUACAGCAUAUUUGAAUGAAAUAUCUAUGGAUGAACUAUGAAUAAUUGACAUCUAAAUGCAAUAAGUGCCAGGUUAACCUUGACUUUCACAAUAAUUUUCCUGUGUUGAAAGUGGUGUGAAGUUAUUGAAGAAACAGGAAAUCAUACUUUAAAGCUUCGCCCAAGAACGUAUAGUAUUUUGGAAGAGUAACUGUCUAGAAAUUCAGUUUAUCUCUGCAUGUCAAAGGUAAUUUGACCCCAUGUGUUUUGUAAUGAUGCAUGUGUUCUGUUUAAAGUAGUUUAGAGGGUUUGAAGGACUGUGUGAAAUGGUAAAUGUACUGCAGAAAAGUGUACUUGCUGACAUGCUUUUUGUUAUGUAACACAGGUGCCCAGACAAUGCAACGUAUGACCUUACCUUUCAUACACAGUACUUCUCAUUCAGCCUUUAGAAUCUCUUUGAGAAAUUUAAAAAUAUGAUCUCAUUCUCUUAUUCUAGAUUAAAUGAUAUAUGACCUGAUAGACACGUUUUGGUCGCUUUUUAUCCUGUGCGCUCUCAGCAGCCACUUGUUACUGUACUGAAGUUGUGGUUCACCACUACAAUAACAAGUGAAUGCAGAAAAUAAAAUCUCAUGACACUUCUUAAUUUCUUUGCUUUU